AUACUCACAGUUAGCUAAAAAAAAAAAAAAAAAAAAGAAAGAAAGACACAGGAAGAUUUGGAUUUUUAGAAGGACAUACAUCACACACACAAAAAAAAUGUCUACCUACGCGGAAAAAAUGAGGAAAACCAGUCUGGCGCUUAAUUCCUCUUCCCGAGCGAUCAAUAUUUCAGGAGCAGGAAUUCCUCGGGUCAGUCAAAGUGCAAGACGCAAAUGGAGCUUCGCAGGCUCGCAUGGCCGAAAAAGCACCAUCUUGGUCGGCGGCAGCAACGGCAAACUCAACGGUCUGGACAGAAGCGAUCAAACCCCCAGGAGAGCAGUCCGGGUGUUGGAUGAAGAUGGAAGUGACGUCACACCUCUACCCCUGUAUCACGCGGAGCCCGGAGACGUGCAACCCAAACCAGGCAGAUUCAUUCUGGAUGAAAUCUUUUCCAGCUCAGGAUCAGACCAUUUAAAAUCCACUUCAAGUGUCAAUGUGUGCUCUUCCAGCUCAUUUAUGGGUAGCAGCCAUCCAUCCAGCUUGUCUAACAAAGUGUCACUGACCAAGGAGACUGAGGACAGUCUUCCUAAACUGGACAUACCAAUAAACCCCCCAGCUCCAUGCGACUUGCCAAGGAAAAGAGACAACGUGAGACAACACGUGACAGAAAAGAUGUUGGAGGAGGUAGUAGACAUCUAUCUCUCUGGGACAGAUACCAUUUCACUGCUGGACAUACCCAACACCCUUGUCUCAGAUGAUGCUGAUGAUGCAGAAACAAUUAAAGAGGGAAACAUUCACUAUGCCGAGCUUUGCAAGAACAGAGUGGGCAAUGAUAAGUAUGUGGUGCGAUCGAUGCAGACAUUCACUGGAGCAGCUAAAGACAAACAGAUCCAGUGUGACAAGAUUGUCAUGGUGGAUGAAGGAACAACUGCUACUGUCUGGGACAUCUAUGACUCUUUCUGUAACCAAAAUGAAACCGCUGAAAAUGAGGAGGUUAACUAUCCAGAGAGCACUCUGAGCACCAGCAAGAUUCAGGAGAAGAGAGGAGGAAAGAGCAGCAGCAGCAGCAGCAGCAGCACAGUCGGCACAGGCAGUACCAUCAGCUCACUGUUAGAAAUGGAAAUCUGGAACAGUUUAAACGUUGAGCCCGACCCGCAGGAGAUCAUCCUGUCAGAGUCAUUCCAGCAGAGCUUAUUAGUAAUGCUGAGGAACAUAAUGGCAAACAUCUUUCAACCCAAACUGGCUGCUUAUAGACAGCUGCACAUACUAGAAGACCCCGACAGCACGGCGAAGCCUGGGACUGAGGAACAGAGUGACGGCGAUGAGACGAGCUGUCUGACUCCAGCCCUCGAACGUCUCUGGGCUUUCAGUUGCGAGCUCACCAGAGGACGCAACAUUACCAGCAUGGUCUGGAACAAGAAGAACCCGGAUCUCCUGGCAGUGGGCUAUGGUGACCUGGACCCCAGGUACCAGAAACCAGGACUGAUCUGCUGCUGGUCCCUCAAAAACCCACUGUGGCCGGAACGCGUUUUCCACUGUCACAGCUGCGUUACAUCCCUGGAUUUCUCAGCCAACAACCCCGGCCAGCUGGCUGUGGGGAUGUAUGACGGUACCGUGGCCCUCUACAACGUGCAGUGUCGAGACAACAGGGCAUGUAUCGCCAGUAGCAGGGAGUGUUCCAAGAAGCACAUUCAUCCAGUGUGGCAGGUCAACUGGACCAAACAAGAGAUGAGAUUAUCGGGGGAGGAGAGGGAAGAGGCCCUCGUCUCUGUGUCGGCAGAUGGCAGGAUUACGAAGUGGCUCCUCGGCAGCAAUGGGCUUGACUGUAUAGACCUGAUGGAGCUAAGGACGGUUAACAAUACUAAGGUGGAAGCUCCGAAAAACAAGAAGACAGCAAAUGUUCUGUCAACAGUGACGCCUGGUCUUUGUGUUGACUUCCAUCCAAAAGAUUCCAGCGUGUAUCUGGUCGGCACAUGGGAGGGCCUCAUCCACAAGUGCUCCUUCUCCAACAGUCAGCAUUUUCUGGAUACUUACCAAAAACACUUUUGCCCGGUGAACCACGUUGAAUGGUCUCCGUUCAGUCCUGAUGUGUUCCUGAGCUGCUCCUCCGACUGGACCAUCCAGCUGUGGAGGCAGGGCCACUCUUCCCCUGCGUUGAGCUUCACAUCCACCCACAGGGCCGUGUACACGGUCAGGUGGUCCCCAAACUGCUCCACAGUGUUUGCAGCCGUUAAUGGACAACAGGUGGAGAUCUGGGACCUGAAUAAAAGCAUCCUGUACCCAGCCGUCGUGCACCACACUGCACCUGGUGUGGAGAUGACGGCCCUGCUGUUUGCCACAGGGUCAGACUGUGUCUUGGUAGGAGACAGUGAUGGACAAGCAACUCUCUACCAGCUCAAGAACCUCAGUGUGGGGGAAAGCAAGCAGGCGGACAGUUUGGAAGACAUCAUUCACUCUGCGGUUUCAAGAUCGUAGCAGGAAACAACUCGGUCGAACUGUGUGCAGAACUCAAGAAUGCAUCAGCUAACACAGUUAUUCUGGAUGACAGUGCUUUCUUUCAUUCGCACACUGGCUCGGACAAAUUACAUCACGCUCCCCAGACCGGCUGGUAUGUCUAUAAAUGACAAACUCCGGCGCGUGAAGUUGUGGAGACUUGCCUUCACAUUCCAGUGGAAAAGAGCGUCAGGAGUGGGAGCUCACACAUGUGUAACAGCGAAACUCGUCCAACAACCACCUCCAGAUUUUAGAUUUUCAAAAUUGUCUUGUUCUCACACCAAAUUCUGCUUCGGCUUUUGUGAUAAAUAAAUGACGACUUCAGUUCCAGUCUUCAUCAGCAAGACUUUUUAACCCAAGUCAUUUACCCGUUACCUUAGUGUGAGUUUAAGGAUUGAAGGGGACACUUUCAUGUUACCAAACUUUUAGUAAUGACAUAUCCUAAAAUGACUCUGAGUGGAAAUGCCAACAUUCAACAUCAUCGGAAUGUGAGGAAUAAGAACCUUAAAAUGAAAAAAUGCUUCCCAACCUGGGUCCCAACCUAUUUCUGCCACAUAUAUUAGGUUUAUUUUUCCAGCAUUUACUUUAUAAUGUCUGCUUCAGCUCUUCUUGUCAGUCCCUGUAUGAAUGAAUGUCUUCAGCGUUCUCAAAAAAUAUCUAGAGAAAAUAAGGAAGAAAACACUUUUUGGCUGAUAUGGUCUCAGUCAGUGAUGAGAGGGGACCGUAACUAAAAAACAAAAGGUUGGGGAUCACUGUCCUAAGUCUAUGAUGUUGCUGUACAGAUCACAUCCUCUGCUGGACAACAUUUUAUUAUCAGAUGGUGACUGGAAACUUUUUAAUAAGUCAACCGACAUGCAGUUCUCCCAGAAUGUAAAAGCUGAGUUUUCCAGAAGCGCAACUCAAGAGAUCGGCGAGUUGAAUUAAAACAAGGUUUACUUUGUCCAUAAUUCAAAGCAGUUCUCGGCAUCAGGAGAAAGUCCAAACAGCCGAAGGGGCGAAGGCAAAGGGGCAAA